CGUCCUCCAUGCCAAUUCACCUCACAGCAACAGCUAAUACAAAUACAGUUGUAAACAUUUGAAAACCACCUGCUAGAGCUUUGAAGCUAAACUUACCAUUCAAAACAGCAAUUUCUUUGUCAAUUCCUGCUCCCUAUUUGGUCUCGUGGCGCUUCCUCAAUUUACAGUGUGGUAAAAAAGUAAAUUUCAAUGAACUCGUUAUUAACCUGUUAGCUCUAACAGUGCUAAUUUGUAUCCAUAAUUCCAAAUGAUGUGAGGAAACGUGUGUGUCAUGGUGUCAUAUCUGGGGAGUUGAAUCAGAGCAUUUAUAUGUGGACCUGGACGAAAUCAAACAAGUUACAGCUAGCAGCAACAUGGAUGCUGAAGAGUUCCGACGUCGAGGGAAGGAGAUGGUGGACUUUGUGGCCGACUAUUUGGAGACCCUGGAACAGCGACCAGUCUAUCCCGACGUGGAACCGGGAUACCUCCAGACCCUGAUCCCGACGGAGGCGCCAGUGGAACCAGAGAGCUACGUGGAUAUAAUGAAAGAUGUGGAGCGAGUCAUAAUGCCAGGGGUGACCCACUGGCACAGUCCAUACUUCUACGCUUACUUCCCGGCAGCUUCCUCCUACCCCGCCUUGUUGGCGGACAUGUUGUCCGGCGCCAUCGGCUGCAUUGGAUUCUCUUGGGCGGCCAGCCCGGCCUGCACGGAGCUGGAGACGGUCAUGCUGGACUGGUUGGGGAAGAUGCUGCAGCUGCCCGACACCUUCAUCGCUGGAACCAGCGGCCAAGGAGGAGGAGUCAUCCAGGGCACAGCCAGCGAGGCGACCCUCAUGUCUUUGCUGGCCGCUCGUUGUAAAGCCGUCCGUCGAAUGCAGUGCAUCCACCCAGAAAUGUCAGAGUCAGACAUCCUCUCCAAACUGGUGGCGUACACCUCGGAGCAGUCUCAUUCGUCAGUGGAGCGUGCGGGUCUCAUCGGAAGCGUGAAGAUGAAGAAAGUCCCGACAGACAACACUUAUGCUGUCACGGGUGAAAGUCUGAAGAAGAUGGUGGAAAAGGACAAAGCGGCGGGACUCAUCCCUUUCUACUUUUGUGCAACGCUUGGUACCACUGGAUCCUGUGCGUUUGACCACAUCACUGAGCUGGGGCCCAUAUGUAAUGAGGAAGACAUGUGGAUGCAUAUUGAUGCUGCGUAUGCUGGAAGUGCAUUUAUCUGUCCCGAAUUUCGUCCCUUGUUGAAUGGUGUAGAGUUUGCAGAUUCCUUCAACAUGAACCCACACAAAUGGCUGUUGGUUAACUUUGACUGCUCCACCAUGUGGGUGAAGAAGAGACAGGACAUCAUUGGUGCCUUCAAGAUCGAACCACUUUAUCUGAGGCAUGAGAACCAGGAGUCAGGUUUGGUGACAGAUUAUAGGCAUUGGCAGAUCCCGCUGGGCAGACGAUUCCGCUCGCUAAAAAUGUGGUUUGUCUUCCGGAUGUACGGGCUCAAAGGACUACAGGCUCAUAUACGCAAGCAAGUGGAGCUGGCCAAGGAGUUUGAGAGUCUCGUACGAGCAGACAAGAGAUUUGAGAUCUGCGCUGAGGUCAUCAUGGGUCUGGUCUGCUUCCGACUCAAGGGCUCCAAUGAGCUGAACCAGAAGCUGCUGAAGAGGAUCACAAAGAACAGAGAGAUCCACUUGGUGCCUUGUCGUCUGUCUGAACGCUUUGUGCUGCGUCUGGCCCUCUGCGCUCGCACCACCGAGUCGCGCCACAUCCAGCAAGCGUGGCGGCACAUCACGCAGUUGACCUUUGAACUCCUGCAAGAAGGUUUUUAGCGACAAGUUGGUGAGCAAGACGCUCCCACGUCAAUGCGGCAUUCUGACAAAUGUUACGAGGCUAAACGUUGCAGACAGGAAAUGUCCUAAAGUACCAAACGCGUUGCAACUCUUAACAAGUUUACAACCUUGAGUUUUGGACCAACAAUUUCAUUUCUAUAAGAAGAUGCAUGCUCCUUAGUGGCACAUUUUAUUUGCAACUUAGACUCAAUGUCUGUCCCGACAGAGCUGUCACUUCUGCUUCCUACGCGUUUAUUUAUUCUCUAUGCAGCUUCUGUCCUGUGUGUCCUAUGGAAAUACAUUUCAUGUGGUCUCUUAUGAAUGUAUUGCUCAGUUAUGUAAGGGUGGAGGGUUUUUGGUUAAUACCUGCAUUAGCGCGAAUUGUAAGACGACCCUUCUGUUUUGGUAAAACAACCCACCCAUCCAAUAGAUCCCCACCCACCCACCCAGAUCCCCACCCACCCAUCCAUCCAUCCAUUAUAAGUAAAUGAUGCAUUGUUUUACUGCAUUGCAUUCUCAGCUGUUGAUUUUUGUCUGAUUCUAUAUCCUUAGAAUGUUCAGAAAGGAUAAACAAACACCGUAUGUGUUCAUGUCUCACAUAAGGAUUGUGGAUGAUGGGAUAAAUUCCAAAAUAUGUUCUCCUUUAACAAUGAAGGGGGAACCACAGCAGCAACACAAAUUGUCCUGUUGUGUUUAUGGAUGCUUCUCUCUGGUGUAUGUGUGUGUGUGUGUGUGUGUGUGUGUGUGUAGGGUGCUUUGUGUUUAUCAGGUUAUUAAAGGCUACUGUUGUCAGCA